ACCAGGUUGUGUAUGUUUAUGUUUCAAAAUGGUCCUCGAGAAAGAAACAAAUGUUUUGGGAGUAUGGGAUUACAUCGUUUUUGCGGCGAUGCUGAUUCUUUCCGGCGCCAUUGGAAUAUAUUAUGCUGUAUCUGGUGGCAAGCAAAAGACAACCUCUGAAUACCUAAUGGGGGACAGAAACAUGGCCAUUGUGCCUGUGGCCAUUUCCAUACUCGUGUCCUUCAUGUCCGCCAUCUUGAUUCUGGGAACCCCUGCAGAGAUGUACAGUGAGGGCACUGAGUACUUCGUGUACCUCAUUGGCAUGAUGGCUGCCAUUGUGAUAGCUGCCCUUCUCUACGUCCCACUCUUGUAUCCGCUGAAGUUUACCAGUUCAUUCGAGUAUCUGGAGAAGAGGUUCGACUCCCGUGCUGCCAAACUAACAGGGACAUGCAUCAUGAUAAUUCAGCAGGUGCUGUAUAUGGGGGUUGCAUCGUUUGCUCCAUCAACGGCCUUAGAAGCGGUCACCGGGUUUCCGACCUGGGCCACCAUCAUCACCGUGGGAAUGGUGUCAACAUUCUAUACCUCCCUGGGUGGAAUGAAAGCAGUUGUGUGGACAGACGUGUUUCAAUCAGUGGUUAUGCUUGCCGGACUACUAGCAAUAGUAAUUCAGGGAUCCAUCGUGGUCGGCGGCAUGGGAGAAGUGUGGAGAAUAAACGAAGAAUGGGGACGAAUUAAUUUCUUUAACUUUGACCCAGACCCCACAGUCCGCCAUUCCUUCUGGUCACUCGUCGUCGGUGGGAUGAUCGGCUGGACAGCGACCUACGGGGUCAACCAGGCCAGUGUCCAGCGCUACUGUGCACUGCCAACACUUCAGAAGGCCAAGCUAUCUGUGAUGCUGAACGUGAUUGGUGUCAUCAUCCUGCUGACCAUCGUCUGUCUGGCUGGAAUCAUAAUCUUCGCCUAUUACGCUCAGAAAGGAUGUGAUCCACUGUCGGCGGAGUACAUCAGUAACUCAAACCAGCUGAUACCUUACUUUGUGAUGGAGGUGCUGGGGUAUCCCGGUCUCCCAGGAUUGUUCGUCUCUUGUCUCUUUAGUGGAGCACUCAGCACAAUGUCCUCCUGUCUGAACGCCCUCGCUGCUGUGUGCUGGGAAGACUUCCUGAAACCUUUCCUUGGGGAAAGACUGACGAGGGGGCAGAAAACACUCGUCACUAAACUAUUAGUGCUGUUUUUCGGUGGUGCUGGUAUCGGGAUGUCCUUUAUGGCAAUGAAUUUAGGGGGAACAGUGCUACAGGCGUCGCUGAGCUUCACUGGGGCUGCCUCGGGGCCUCUGCUCGGAAUGUUUGCUCUCGGCGCCUUCUUCCCAUGGGCCAACUGGAUUGGAGCAGUGGUCGGCGGUGUUCUGGGGCUGGCGUUACCCUUGUGGAUCAGCAUAGGUGCCUACACCGUUGUGGGAGCCCCAACUGGCCUUGAGUUCCCUACGUACAACUGCAGCGUUCCCAACACCACCGACUCAUCAACAACAAUGUCCUCCAUCGUGACUACUGCUGGAGGACCUGUCGAGUACACAGGUAUCUCCGCCCUGUACACGGUGUCGUAUCUGUGGUACCCGGCUAUUGGUGCAGCAACGGUUAUCGUAGUCGGUCUCGUUGUGAGCGCUCUGACAGGUAUGAAUAGCCUUGGUGAUGUAGACACAAAGUAUCUGGUACCCUUCUUCGACCGACUGAUCUGCUGCCUUCCCGGCCCCGUCAGCAAGUGUCUCCGCUGUAACCAGGAGUUCAGAGACCCAGAGGAAAUAGCAUCUGAAAAGGAUGAGGAGAUUGUGGUAUCACCAUCUGGAGAAAUGAUCAGCAGCAAAGAGAAGUUACCCCUGAACGGGUCGAGCCCCAUGCCUGUGUAUGGACUAUCAUAUAAAGAGAACACCGACACAAAGAACGGGUUUAUCAACCCAGGCGCCGAUGUCUUCAAUGAUGAGAAACAACAAAACGGAACAAAGUUCUAACCAGUUGGUCUCAGUUCUCACCCUAAAUUAGUAUCUCAAUUUGUCAAAUUCGUUUUAAUGGUAAUUUUGCAUGACGUUAAGUCUAUGUCAAAAUAUUUUGUGAAACACAAUAUCAUGUGGCUAAAUUAACUAAUAUCUCAAAGUGGAAGUUUACUUUCAUUUAUGUCCCUCGUGUUGCUUAAGAGUUACGGUUUACGUUUCAACUGCGAAAUACAUGGUAACUAUGGUGACAGUAAUCGCGGUUACAGUAACCAUGGUGUCAGUAACCAUAGCAUUUGGAACCAUGUGGUCAGUAACCAUGGUGUUAGUAACCAUGGUGACAGUAACCAUGCCGUCAGUAACAAAGUGUUAUGACCAUGGAACGUUGCUUUUAUGAUAACAGAUACCAUCGAUUCAGUUCACUAUAGUCGUAGCCAAAAAUAUAUAAGAAACAAUAUGAAAUCCUAUAAUUAAACCACAUGUCUUGAGUCCUGUCCUGGAAUCUCUAAGUGCGCCAACAAUUACUGAUUAAUGACGAGGUGCAUAGUCCCAUAUUACCUGACGUUUUUCUUUAUGUACAAGGGUUGAAUCUUGACUUUACAAACCUAAGGGUACAGAGGACUCACAAUCAUUUUUUUCAAGUAGCUUUUGGGGACAUAUGACGGCCCCGUCCAAGAAAGAAAUGAGUAUAGUCAUAUAUAAUUUUGAAAUCACUUUAAUUUUUGGAACUAUAUAUUUCUUGUCACGGUUUUGGUACAAUGUGCGCCUCUCAAGACGCAAUAUAUUUUCAUUGUAUACAUUUGUGCGUACCGGAUGCAAAUUUCUGAGAUGCUUAAAACCCAAUACACAAUCUAACGAAAUUGAAGCUUUUGUCAAGACUGUUGCAAUUUCGCCACUUUCGCAAUGUAAUGUAAUGGUGUGAUUUGAAGCUAAUCCUGCAGUACAAAGAUCAUGAUGUUUACAUAUUAUACAUAUACUAAAUUUGACAACUUUCUAAAGUCAUUGUGUAUUAAUCAUAUUUGUUGGUUUCUGAAGAGCUAUAACUCAUUAAAUGGAUGUGGGGUGUAAGCAGCUGUUUUCAAACACUAAAGUAUCAACAAGAGACGUGUGUUAUAUCCCUGUCCAUGAGUUUUUGAGUGUACAUAGUCUUCAUCUUCGGUACGGUAACCCAUAAUGUUACAGUGUACACUGGGUGAAACCCAUUUCUGGUGUCCCUCGCCGUGAUAUUGCUGGAAUAUUGCUGAAGGCGGCUUAAAACUCAACUCACUCACUCACUCGUCAUGGUAAUAAUGAUAUUGCCGUGUGCUAAGUCUGUUGUAUACAUACCUGUAAUUCCAUGUAUCCAUCACAGGUGUCAAAGUAGCAACAGUUUUCAAACAGUAAUGUAAUAUUUGUGACAAACACUAUGAACUUUAUAUCAGUGAACAAAUGCAGAACAAAUACUUAAUGCUUUCGACAUGUGCUGAUCUACAUGCAAAGAUCGUGUUGUACAAUGCCGACAUUACUCGGUAGUUCCAUAUAAAUCUUAUGUCAACAAGUGAGAAACCUAGAGUAAAACCUUUACAUCACCUCUUCCGUGGUGUAGUGGUUACAGCGUCUUUCAAGACGAGCUGACGGUAGUUUGAUCCUGGUCUAUUAAAAUAUAUAUAAAUGUGAAGCGCUUUUGAGCAGUGAUCACUGGAUACUAGCGCUAUAUAAAUCCAAAGUUAUUAUUAUUAUUAUUACUUGUUGUUAGACUGGCGUCACAGUGUCAUGCAAAAAAAACCCCACAUUACCCCGAGCUGCUAUAAGUCAACAUACACAUGCAUGCAUGUCGCUGUAUAUGUGUAAACAUCAUGACUGCGACGUUACACGCCAUUCACGUCACCUCGUAUAGUCAGUUACUGCCUUCUUUGGGAGGUCUGUUAUCCAUAUGUCAAACCUAGUGACAGCAACAAUAGUCAUUGGAAUCUAAUUCAGUUACCAAAACAGAACAGUGCGCAUAUAUUUUAAUGCUUUUUGAAUGUUUUGUUCUGUGUGUAAAUACUAAAGAUAUUUUUUUAACAUGAAUAAACAGUUUUAUAUCUUACUAAAAUUU